AUGUCCAGCGCUGACAGGCCCUUGGGAGAAGGGGACCUGCGGCAGCUGCUGAAGCUAUACCGCACGGAGAUCUCCAUGGCAGUGGAUGACGUUUUCCCAUUGCUUCAUGGACUUGCUGAUCAUGACGUUGUCACAGAGGAGAUGUUCAAGGAAACACUGAGUUUGAAGGAGCAGGAGGGUUCUCACAAGGCCUUCCAUGCCAUGCUAACCUGGCUACUGAGCCAGGAUUCAUCCACCAUACAGGACUUCUGGAGGGUCCUCUUCAAGGAUUACAACCUGGAGAGAUACGCCAAGCUCCAGCAUAUUCAGAGCAGCUUUCCCAAAGAUGUGGAUCUCAGCAGACAGCGCCGGGGGAGGAAACCACCCCCCAGUCCGAAGACCUUGGUGCAGCAGAAACAGCAGCCAAAGAGGAAAGCACCAGAGGAAAGCGACUCUCCCCAGCCAGCUCAGCCCUUGCUGAAAUGCAACUCGAACCCUGGGACUCUGCCAAAGACAAAAGCUGUAAAGAAACCAGAAGGUGUGGAGAUCCAGCGUUUCCCUCUGGGAAAUGGCAUUCAGAGUAUGGCUGCCUCAGUCCAGAGGGCUGUCACUGUGUCAUCCAGUGAACUACCAGUGAGCUGCGGGGCUGUAGAAGGAAUUCUCAUCAAACAGGUGUUUGAGUCAGGGGGCUCCAAGAAAUGUGUCAAAGUUGGAGGCGAGUUUUAUACACCAAGCAAGUUUGAGGAACCUGGGGGAAAGAACAAAAGCCGAAGCCUGAAGCCUGGUGUGCGAGCCAAGGGAUUUCAAGGGCCCCAAUACAAUGGGGAGCUGAAAAUAAACUCACAGAGCAGCCUCCAUGUCACCCCUGUUCACACCGUGGAUCAAACCCUCUACCAGAAGAACGAUGAUGAAUGUGCAGUGUGCAGGGAUGGUGGGGAGCUGAUCUGCUGUGACGGCUGCCCCAAAGCUUUCCACCUGGCCUGCCUCGUGCCCCCAAUGACAGAAAUUCCAAGCGGGACAUGGAGGUGCAUCUCUUGCUCAGCUGGGAAAGUGAAGCAGGACCAGCGCACAGAAGAGCCACCAUGCGAGACACAGGCAGUGGAAGACUCUGCUGGGAAUGAUCCGAUCCUGAAUAAGGAGGAGCUGGACUCUCUCCUGGGUGAGAGCUCCUUUGAUGGGAUCCUGCAGUGGGCAUUCCAGAACAUGUCUCGUCCACUCUCAGAGACUCACGGAUUUUUCUCCUAGCACUUCUUGUAAUUGUGGACAUGUCAUACCAAUUUGCUGCCCUCCGCACAUUGGACUUGACACUAAUCAUCUCUAAACAGCUCGUGCUGACAUCUUGGGAUAUACGGUAUUUUCCCAUGUUGAA